UCUUCUUCCACUUCUUUCAGAUCUGUUUCAGAGGCCGACACACACUUGCUUCUCAGCUCCUAGAGUCCUAAAGAGGGGCGAUGAGGUUCACGUUCCGCUCGGACGACCGCAUGGUCAUCACCAUUCCGCUGGGCAGCCUGCGUGAGGUGCGGGAGGGUCAGCUGAUGCCCGAGCGCUUCACCUGCGUCUUCAAGGACGUCUACAAGGUGUUCCUCAGGGGGCACCCCAAAGCACUGGGGAUGUCUCAGCUGGUGGCGGGUGUGUUUGUUCUGAGUCUGGGUGUGCUGCUACACCUUGAGGUGGGAGACGUCUACUCACACACACCACCCAACCACCUGCUCUACACGCUGCCCUGCAUACUGUUCAUUAUCUCUGGAAUGUUAUCAUAUGCAGCAGGACACACACCGCAUAUGGGCAUAAUGAAGCUGUCCUUUGCCUUCAACAUUGUUUGUGUCUUCUGGUCGAUGGCGGCUAUGACUCUGUGUGGAUUAGCGCCUCAAGUUAACACACAGGUCAGUGCUGACCCAGCACCCAGCACCCAACACAACACGCAGGACCCUACAGGACAUGCAGUCGGUCUGAAGGCCGUAGUGGGGACACUUCUGGCUGGAGAGAUGCUGGUUGCCAUAGUGAUGGUGUACUGGGAGAGUAAAGCAGUGUGUAGAGACUACUUCAACAUUCUGCCCACCAUCACCCUGAAGCAGGAGCCCUGAACCUGGACACACACACACACACACACACACACACACACACAUCAUCACCCUGAAGCAGGAGCCCUGAACCUGGACACUGGAUGAUCUCUCUCUCUCACACACACACACACACACUCAGACGCACACACACACACACACACACACACACACACACACACACACACACACACACACACACACACACACACACACACACACACACACACACACACGUACGCACGCACGUACGCACUCUCUCUCUCACUCUCACUCACUCACACAACACACACACAAACAACCACACAAACGUGUGUGUAUAAUAGGUCAGUCUGUAAAUACAUAUCAAUUUCUCUAAAAUGUGUCACUUUAAAAAAUGUUAAAUAGUAAAUAGCUUCAUAUUUGUAAUUAUGUAACAGCAAAUAUAUUACUUUGAUAUCAUUUGGUAUGUUUACUUGAUGUUUUCUUGUUGAUGGUAAUUGUCGUUUCAUCACAAUGGCUAAUUUGAACAAUAAAAGAGUU